AUGAGAGCUGUAACUACCAGGAUUAACUACUUGUAUUAUUGCAAUAGAUAUAUUUGUAAUAUUAUCAGGAAAUGUCAAGAGCUUCUGGGUGUUGUUAGGGACAGGACUGAUCUUGCCAGACGAAUGAGAGCUGAUGACAGAGACAUGAAUCCAGAUAAUUUUUUGCGACUGAAGGGAGUGCCAAUGGUUUAUGACCUUAUCAAUGAGAUUGCAGAUGCCUUCUGCAAUCACUCGGCUGUAUUGUCGGCAUUUAGCGUGCUAGACCCUGGCAAUCUUCCAGAUAGUGUUACUGAAAUAGCAGAAUAUGGCAAGGCAAAGAGGAGAUGACUCUGUAACAAAAGUGUAUAGGGCCAUGGAAAGAGACCCAGUUAUCCGAGCUUGUUUCCCCAGAGUUUACAAGCUAUUUAAGUUGGCACUGUUGAUUCCCCAAUCAACAGCUGUUGUGGAACGGGGUUUUAGUGUCAUGAAUGACAUCUGCACAUUUCUGAGAACAUCUAUGGGGCAGAUAACACUGGAUGCCAUGAUGCGCAUUUCUUUGAUGCAGGACACUCUUCAGGCUUUUGGGGAUGAGGAUUAUGAAAAUUUGGUUUCAAUUUUCAAGGACAAAAAAAAGAGGGAGAUGAAGUUAUAAAUUAACAUUAAACUGUUAUUAAACAUAACUGUAUAGAUGUGCAGUGACAAUAAAUUCAUCUUCAGAAAUGCCUUUUUAUUUGUUGAUGUUUGAAAUUAAGUUCUUAGACUUAUGUAAACCUGAAAUGUGUUUUAACAUAUAAAAAUAUACAAAUAGAUAUUUUCCCCAAAAGUGCGAAAAUCGCGCAUAUUUUCCCCACAAAAAGGGCUAGGGCCCCUUCCCCAAAAAUAGUAAAAAGGCCCUGAUAGCCCAUGGAUCUGUGAUAACAUUAAGUGAUGAAGGAACGAAAUACUCUAUGUUUCCUUCCAGCAUUAUUAAGUUUGGUAACAAAAUCAUACAUGCAGUUGGAAGUGCUUAUAGGUCUUGUAAAAUAUGUCCUAAAUAUUACUGACUUCAAUACAUAUAAUUUAUUUUGUCCCUUUGUCUGUAGUUAUGCAGUAAGUAAUUUUCAUUUGAUAUUAUAAUAUGCAAUUGCUGUAUUAGGUCUACUUGAAUAAGUGUAAACUAGUCAUUGAAAAGAAGAAAAUGAGUUACUGCAAAAAAGCUUUUUUGCUCAUAAUUCCUUUACAUAAUGAUAUCAAUGACAUGAUAAGACAGGAACAAAUUAUCAUUAUUGCAUUUAAAAUAUAAUCACAAAAUCGGUAUAUUAAAAAAAAAUCCCAAAAAUAUCACGCAUCUGAAUGUGUUUAUCCGAAAUGUAGUACACUAUUGAUUAUGGAAUUGCCGACUUUUUCCACGGUGUAAGUGUUCUAACAUCAUAGUAAACAUCAUAUAUUAAACAAAACUAUAUAAAACAUAUCAUUUUUAGCUCGACUAUUCGAUUAGAAUAAGUAGA